ACAGGGUGCCAGUUGGGACAUGGCCUUUGAGAGGCUAUGGGCAGAUAUGUCUGUGGAGUAAGACAAAGACAGAUAUAUACAGUUGAAGUCGGACGUUUACAUACACCUUAGCCAAAUACAUUUAAACUCAGUCUUUCACAAUUCCUGACAUUUAAUCAUAGUAAAAAUUCCUUGUCUUAGCUCAGUUAGGAGCACCACUUUAUUUUAAGAAAGUGAAAUGUCAGAAUAAUAGUAGAGAGAGUGAUUUAUUUCAUCACAUUCCCAGUGGGUCAGAAGUUUACAUACAUUCAAUUAGUAUUAUUUGCCUUUAAAUUGUUUCACUUGGGUCAAACAUUUCGGGUAGCCUUCCACAAUAAGUUGGUUGAAUUUUGGCCCAGUCCUCCUGACAGAGCUGGUGUAGCUGAGUCAGGUUUGUAGGCCUCUUUGCUCGCGCACGCUUUUUCAGUUCUGCCCACAAAUUGUCUAUAGGAUUGAGGUCAGGGCUUUGUGCUGGCCACUCCAACACCUUGACCUUGUUGUCCUUAAGCCAUUUUGCCACAACUUUGGAAGUAUGUUUGGGGUCAUUGACUUCCUGGCUGAUGUCUUGAGAUGUUCAAUAUACCCACAUAAUUUUUCUCCCUCAUGAUGCCAUCUAUUUUGUGAAGUGCACCAGUCCCUCCUGCAGCAAAGCACCCCCACAACAUAAUGCUGCCACCCCCAUGCUUCACGGUUGGGAUGGUGUUUUUCGGCUUGCAAGCCUCCCCUCUUUUCCUCCAAACAUAACGAUGGUCAUUAUGGCCAAACAGUUCUAUUUUUGUUUCAUCAGACCAGAGGACAUUUCUCCAAAAAGUACGAUCUUUGUCCCCAUGUGCAGUUGCAAACCGUAGUCCGGCUUUUUUUAAUGGCGGUUUUGGAGCAGUGGCUUCUUCCUUGCUGAGCGGCCUUUCAGGUUAUGUCCAUAUAGGACUCAUUUCACUGUGGAUAUAGAUACUUUUGUACCGGUUUCCUCCAGCAUCUUCACAAGGUCCUUUGCUGUUGUUCUGCGAUUGAUUUGUACUUUUCGCACCAAAGUACGUUCAUCUCUAGGAGACAAAACGUGUCUCCUUCCUGAGCGGUAUGACGGCUGCGUGGUCCCAUGGUGUUUAUACUUGCGUAAUAUUGUUUGUACAGAUGAACGUGGUACCUUCAGGCAUUUUGGAAAUUGCUCCCAAGGAUGAACCAGACUUGUGGAGGUCUACAAAUUUUUUUCUGAGGUCUUGGCUGAUUUCUUUUGAUUUUCCCAUGAUGUCAAGCAAAGAGGCACUGAGUUUAAAGUGUGUACGUCUCGCUGUCAGAAGUUCCUGAUCUCGCGUGUGGGCGAGGACUGGAUCUUUCUCAUCCUACUGGGUCUGGUCAUGGCCCUGGUCAGCUGGGUGAUGGACUAUGCUAUCGCCUUCUGUCAGCAAGCUCAGAAGUGGAUGUACGGGGGACUGGACAGUAACAUGCUCCUGCAGUACCUGGCAUGGGUCACCUACCCAGUGGUGCUCAUCACUUUCUCAGCAGGGUUCACACAGAUACUGUCCCCGCAGGCUGUGGGUUCGGGUAUCCCAGAGAUGAAGACCAUUCUGAGAGGCGUAGUGCUGAAGGAAUAUCUCACCUUUAAAACCUUUGUGGCCAAAGUUAUCGGGCUGACCUGUGCUCUGGGCAGUGGCAUGCCCCUGGGAAAGGAGGGCCCGUUCGUUCAUGUGGCCAGUCUCUGUGCAGCCCUCCUGAGCAAGUUCUUGGCUGCCUUGUUUGGUGGAAUCUACAAGCUUAAGGAAGAGCCCUUUGAGGGAAACAAGAAUGAGCUGAGGAACACUGAGAUGCUAUCAGCAGCAUGUGCAGUGGGGGUAGGCUGCUGCUUCGCUGCCCCCAUUGGAGGUGUGCUCUUCAGCAUUGAGGUAACGUCUACGUUCUUUGCGGUGAGGAACUACUGGAGGGGCUUCUUCGCUGCCACCUUCAGUGCCUUCAUCUUCAGAGUCCUGGCUGUGUGGAACCAGGACGAAGAGACCAUCACAGCCCUCUUUAAGACACGUUUCCGCCUGGACUUCCCCUUUGACCUCCAGGAGCUGCCAGCCUUCGCCAUCCUGGGGAUUGCGUGUGGUUUUGGUGGGGCUCUCUUUGUCUACCUGAACAGACUGAUAGUAGAGUGUAUGAGGAAACAGAAGACCAUCAACAAGUUCCUGCUCAGGAACUCCUCUCUCCAUGUCAGACGUCUGGUGUAUCCUGCUAUGGUCACCUUGAUCAUCUCAACCCUCACCUUCCCCCCUGGGUUUGGACAGUUCAUGGCUGGGCAGCUUACGCAGCAUGAGUCCCUGGUGGCGUUGUUGGACAACCGAACAUGGUGUCGGCAGGGCGUUGCCGAGGAGUUCGACUACAUCAGCCACUCCCACGCCUGGAAACACCCCCAGGUUAACGUCUUCAUCACUCUCAUCCUCUUCAUCGUCAUGAAGUUCUGGAUGUCUGCAGUAGCUACCACCAUGCCUGUGCCAUGUGGGGCCUUCAUGCCAGUUUUCCUCAUUGGUGCGGCAUUUGGACGUUUGGUAGGAGAGACCAUGGCAGUCAUGUUCCCUGAUGGCAUCCAUGCUGAUGGCAGUGUCUAUCCUAUAGUGCCUGGCGGCUAUGCUGUAGUGGGUGCAGCGGCGUUGUCGGGGGCAGUGACUCACACGGUGUCGACAGCAGUCAUCGUGUUUGAGCUGACGGGUCAGAUCAGCCACAUCCUGCCGGUGAUGAUAGCGGUGAUCCUGGCCAACGCCGUAGCCCAGUCCCUCCAGCCCUCGCUAUACGACUCUAUCAUCAGGAUCAAGAAACUACCCUAUCUCCCUGAACUGGGCAUGGGGCACCACGAGAAGUAUAACAUCCGUGUGGAGGACAUCAUGGUUAGAGACGUGCGUUACAUCACUCUCUUCUCCUCCUACCGAGAGGUACAGGAGGUCCUGAUGACUGGACAGCUGAAAACACUGGCCCUGGUUGAGUCCACAGGUAAGGACUCUAUGAUCCUGUUGGGUUCUAUAGAGCGCUCCCAGCUCCAGUCACUCCUGUCCAUCCAGCUGGGUCCAACGCGCAGGCUCGACCACCUCCGGAGGCACGCCCAGGACAACGGCACACACACACAUACACUGGGCGCACACACACACCUGACCAGCCUGGACACCAUGGACAGUCCCCCCAGCCCACCCUGCACACACACACACUCCUACACCUCCAACUCCUCCAAUACCAGCGCACGCCAUGGGGUUCGCUUCCUGGUGAGUGUAGCGGAGAUCUCAACAGAGGAGUCCUCCUUCAGUGCAGCUGUGUCCAACUCUCAGCUGCCACUCAAAUCUGCUAUGAAAACUGUCCCUACUAUUCACAACACAGAGACACCCAACAGUAUACACACUCUCUCAAUUAAUAGAGACACGCCGACUCCCUCUCCUCUGUCAGGCUCUCAGCAGACCCUUUCCUGUGGUGACCCUGAGAGAGAGCUACUCGAGAGCCCGGCAGAGCCAGAGGCUCCUGAGAGCAGGGGGCCCAAACGAGUCAGGAUCUCCAUGGCGGCGGAGUCCCCUGAAGUAGAGGAUGACAUGACCACAAACGAAAUAGCAGAGUGGGAGGAGCAACAGCUGGACGAGCCAGUGGAUUUCAACAACUGCAAGAUAGACCCCGCCCCUUUUCAGCUUGUGGAGCGGACAUCUCUGCAUAAGACUCACACCAUCUUCUCCCUGCUGGGACUGGACCAUGCCUAUGUGACCAGUACAGGACGGCUGGUGGGCGUGGUCUCCCUCAGGGAGCUGCGUAAGGCCAUAGAGGGUUCAGUGACGGUGACAGGGGUGAAAGUUCGCCCCCCUCUGGCCAGUUUCCGUGACAGCGGCAACACUACCAGCGUUUCCGAGGUGACAGAGCUGCACAAGCUUUGGAACCGCCACAGAGGCCUCUCGUUACCACGGGAACCCACCCCGCCCGACAUGGAGGACCAAUUGGACGUUAUGGAUGAGGAGACCCCUGUCCACUUCAUACAGGACCAAUCAGAUAUGGAGUUUGAAACCAUCCCCACUGACAAUAUGGACCCGCCAUCAGAAUUGGUUCUUCAGGAAAGCCUCUCAAUAACAGAGGACCAAACAGAGGAGUUUAUCUUAGAGUGCAGCCCUUCCCACACUGACGAAUCAGAGCUGGCCUGUGAUUUUGACUCCUCCCACCUCCCUGAGACUGACCAAUUGGAGCCGGCGAAGGAUCAUGGAACCCCACCCCAUGGAACCACACCCCAGAACAUAGAGCAAAUGGACCAAUCAGAACUGCAGUGUAAGCAAAGUCCCAACCGCACUGAGGACCAAUCGGAAUGACAGAAGGGGCGAGGAACAGUUAGGAGUUGCUUCGUGGUUCGUUGAGGUUUCUACAACCUUAGAGGUCACGUUCACCUGAAUCUUUAAGCUGGUCGUCUGUGUCCACAAUGUUGUGUACGUGUUGAUGUAAAUUAGCUUGUGUGAGUGAUAGAGUAACUGAGUGAAUGUGACAACAUGGUUCUGUGUUUAACAAAGUAUUUUGGGUGGGGGGGGGGGUUGGGGGGGGGUGCGUGUGCGCGUGUGUGUGUGUGAGACUUGGCGAAACCUUGCCCAUGCACCCAUCUGGUGCUGACACUUCUAUUCUCAGUUUGAUUAUCAGAGCCAAACUACAUUUUCCCCCCUAAAUAUAGCUACAAAUAACACAGAGAGAGAGAGAGCCGAUCAGAGGGAUAAAGCAAAGGAGAGAGAGGAAAGAGAAGGGAGGGUCUCACUUUAGAUUAAGUGGCCUAUAAAAUCUACGUAUUUACAUAGCUACAUUCUAAAGGACAUUCUGUAAUUACAGUAUAAGUGCAUGUACAGUCAUAUCUGAAAUGGGAUAUUAAGAGAAAGACAAUAAGUUACAAACCAAAGGCAGCUAAGAAAAGGCCAACACAUUGACAUUGCUCAGUCAUAAAAUGGCAUCCCACAGGGUUAAGAGCAUUUGUGAAGCACAUUGUAAUUAACAUGCAUUUAACUCAAAGUACAUGUAGCCUUGUCUGGCAUUAAGGUAGGAGGGCGGACGGACGUUAGAGAGUUUCUUGUCUUGUAACAGGGUGUUUUGGUCACAGUGUCAUUUUGUAUCUUACAUUUCUUGAGAUAGGAUGUUAUGUGAAUAUCGUAUCCUAUCUACUGUACCGUGUUCCGCAUGUUUCUGGAAUGAUGUGAGUGUUAAUGACACAUUACAUUGCACAGGAAAAGUUGGUUAUGUGGAGAGAGACGACAUCAGUUGUUGUGAGCACACAUAUGCACAUAGGCCAAUAGUACACGCACAAGGGCUCGAUUCAAUCCGUGGCGCUGAAGAUCCGCGUUGUAGUGCGAUUGACAUUUUAAAGGCAAUGUUCCCGCAUUAGCGGAGAAUGCAUUCCCUGUAAAUGCUGCAUAUGUCAUCUCAAUCGGAAAUGACAUUUAUAUUUCAAUUGUGCUGUACUCUGGAUCUUCUGUAAUACAGAUUGAAUCGAGCACCAAGUAAAUGAACACCAUACACAUUCAUAAAUCUAAACAUGGAAAAUAAUAUCCUAGAAAAUACACACCACACACACACACACCUACAUUGAAAAUUAUUAAUACAGCCUGCCUGGCCUUAAAACCAGUUUAGAAAUACGUACUACCAGCUUAGAAGCACAGUUAUAACUCUCCAAGUGCACUGAUGAGCAAUAGAAGCCUCUAUAGAGAACUGAAACAACUGUUGUAGGGAAAGUGUGUGACUGUUCUCCACGGUCUCAUUAUAAAAUGAGUUCAACAAACAGAUGUUAUGUAAUUUGUCUCUUCAAUAAUUUCUCUUAGCUCCAUUGACAGAUUUGAGCCAUUAUAUAUUUCAAUUCUAUGUAAAACCAUACCAUAACAAAUACAAUUCAACGGUUAAUUUUCUUCUGUAAAAAAGUCAGUUGUGCAACCAUUUAUUGUUGUCUUACUUUUGUAUGCACAUAGAAUGUGAAGUAGUGCUCGCCAUACAAGAUAUAAUGUAAAAUGAGUCUAAUGUAGAGAGUGUAUAAGGUAAUUAACAGCGCAUCUAGUUAAGCAAUAAGUCUGUAGUUUCUCCCUUUAUAUGGCCCCGGCCUGUAUAUGGUUUGUACAUAUGAAAAUACAUUAUGACGGAAAUCUACACAUUGUACAUAGGAGAAUAUGCAUUUGAGAUCAACAGCCAUUGUUAUUUUUCAGAAAGCAUACUAAUUGUUUUUUGUACAUUAAAUUUCAACAAAACUUUGAGAUGUAAA